GCUUUUGAGGUUUUACUUUGUGAUGGAAAAAGAAGCUGAUGUCUUUUAUCGGGAGCUGCCGAAAGUGGAGCUUCAUGCUCACCUCAAUGGCUCUGUCAGCAGUCAAACCAUCGAGAAACUGAUCAGCAGAAAGCCGCAUCUCAACAUUGAACACGACAUGACGGCUAUCGGCAAAGGACAGCGGAGGACCCUGGAUGAAUGUUUUCAAGUCUUCAAGAUCAUACAUCAGCUGGUGGACACCGAGGAGGACAUCCUGAUGGUGGCUACAGAUGUUAUCAGGGAGUUUGCAGCUGAUGGUGUCAAAUAUCUAGAGCUGAGAAGUACACCAAGGGAGGACAAAAACACAGGAUUAACAAAAAAGAGAUACAUUGAAACUGUCAUAAAAGCCAUCCAACAGUCUAAGAGUGAUGGGUUAGACAUCGAUGUGAGGUUUCUGGUAGCAAUUGACCGCAGAAAUGGGACUGAGGUCGCCAUUGAGACGGUGAAGCUGGCCGAGGAGUUCAUGCUGCGCUCUGAUGGUUUGGUGGUGGGACUCGACCUCAGUGGAGAUCCAACGGUUGGCCAUGGCAAAGACCUGCUUCCUGCUCUGCAGAGGGCAAAGAACUGUGGACUGAAGCUGUCACUGCACCUCUCAGAAGUAGCGUCACAGCUGGAGGAGACAGACCUGCUGUUGGAUCUUCCUCCGGACAGGAUCGGUCACGGCACCUUCUUGCAUCCAGAAGUGGGUGGAUCCCAAGGUCUUGUUGAUAAAGUGCUAAAGAACAACAUACCUCUGGAGUUAUGCCUGACCUCAAACGUCAAGGGACAGACUGUACCCUGCUACUCUGAACAUCACUUCAAAUACUGGUACAAUUUAGGACAUCCGAGUGUCAUUUGUACUGACGAUAAAGGAGUCUUCUCUACGGACUUGUCUCAGGAAUAUCAGCUGGCAGCCUCCACGUUCGGUCUCAGUCGUGAAGCUGUGUGGAAGCUGUCCCAGCAGGCCAUUAACUGUAUCUUUGCACCGGACGACGUGAAACAGCAGCUCAGACAGGAGUGGAUUGAUCUAAAGCCUCAGGUGUUCAAGUGAACAGUGAACCCGUCUAGUGACACCUAAAGCCAGAUAUUUACCUCAAAUAAUAGUUUACAAAAAUAUUUCCAUUAACUUUUUUACAAGUCUUUGUAGAAAUUGUUACAUCAACUAAAAAGGGAAGUCUAACGUGUAUCUGCUGUUAAAUGAUGUCAUAAAUCAAACCAACAAACGUAAUAGAAACCUUGGUAUAAUUAAAAAAAAACAGCUAUGAGAAUAAACAUCUUAAGCCAG